AUGGACUGUGACGACGCGGUCGUACGGCAUUCACCAUACGACGCCCGGGGCCGAGGUGAUGGCGACGCACUACGCAAGAUCUCCCGGCUCGACGACCAUUUCUGGCUCGUUGUCGCGCACACCAAGGCGCUGGGCCACGGGGAAUUGACUGUGGCUCUCUUCUUUACCGAUCACGGCAAGUACCUCGACGACCACGGUAUGAUCGAGAGGUGGCCCUCGAGGGUAUCGGACUCGCUCGCCUACGAGCCGAUCAUCGUCGGUGGCGCGGGGCUGCCGGGGCGUGGUCUAUAA